UGUACGAUGAACUUAACCAAAAAUGACGGCGAAAUUAUGAAUUUUCCAACGGAUAAACACUGCUCUCCGGCGUUGCUCUGUGGACCUGGGUCUCCCGCAUCAAUUACCUGAGGUCCCUCGUGUUCCUGACCAAAACCAAAAUCAGGAAAACAGAAAACAAAGGAAGAAGAGAAGUGAGAGGGGAAAAGAAUUGCGAGCAUUGUUUCUGCUCCAGAACUCCUGCAAAUGCUACCCCGCUCUAGAUUACGACCUACCAAAAACACCCACAUUCCCAUUUCUCUCAAAACCCCAAGAAAAACCUUAAUCAGGCCGACGCCUUCUACUAUGGUAGUACCUAAAGCAUCUGGUUUUCGGGAGAAGGUUUUUGCUAUAAUUGGUGUGAAAGUCUACUCUGCUGCUCUCUAUCUGCAUCCUUCUAUCACAGACAAUCUGUCCUUAUGGAAAGGAAAAUCAGCCACUCAAAUUCUUCAAGAUGCAUCCUUGUUUACUUCUAUUUAUCAAGCACCCGGGGAAAAAUCACUGGUCAUUGUUUUGGUGCGUGACAUAGAUGGGAAAACCUUUUGGGAUGGCCUCAAUGAUUCCAUCUCCCCAAGGAUUGCGGCACCCUCUCCUGUGGAUGAGCUCGCACUUUCUACAUUUCAUGAUACUUUUCAAGGGCGGCCGCUGAAGCGAGGAACUCACAUUUCACUAACUUGGGCUCAGCCAUCAACAAUGCUCGUUUCGAUCUCCCCAGGUGGUUUGCCUUCUGCAAUGGAUGCCACAAUCGAGUCUUUGAGUGUUGUUUCUGCACUCAUGUAUGUCCCACAUAAGGCCAUCAAGGGCCAGGCCUUGGCUGACUUUCGCACAGCACACCCCGUACUGGCAGAAUUUCCUUUAUCAAGCGACCUCCCUGAUGAAGAAGUAUUAUGUGCUGGCCUUGUUCAUAGAUGGGAAUUAUACUUCAACCAAGCUUUCCAAUCAGAUCGAGGAGUUUGGGAAACCCCGCAGGAAGCAGAGCUGUCUUGGGAGGCCGGUGGGGGAGUUUGUCAGGGAACUGUGUCCUUACCAGAUAGGGAAUCAGUCUCAUGGUGA